AUGGGUCUCUCCGUCUCUCGCCUCCUCUCCGGCCUCUUCGGCAAGAAGGAGAUGCGCAUCCUUAUGGUCGGUCUCGACGCCGCCGGUAAGACCACCAUCCUCUACAAGCUCAAGCUCGGCGAGAUUGUCACCACCAUCCCCACCAUCGGCUUCAACGUCGAGACUGUCGAGUACAAGAACAUUUCGUUCACCGUCUGGGACGUCGGAGGUCAGGACAAGAUCCGUCCCCUCUGGAGGCACUACUUCCAGAACACCCAGGGUAUCAUCUUCGUCGUUGACUCGAACGACAGGGAGCGUAUCACUGAGGCCCGCGAGGAGCUCCAGCGCAUGUUGAGUGAGGACGAGCUCCGCGACGCUCUCCUGCUCGUGUUCGCCAACAAGCAGGACCUGCCCAACGCUAUGAACGCCGCCGACAUUACCGACAAGCUCGGCCUCCACUCGCUCCGCCAGCGCCAGUGGUACAUCCAGGCCGCCUGCGCCACCUCGGGUGACGGCCUUUACGAGGGUCUCGAAUGGCUCUCGACCAACCUUAAGAAGCGCGGCCAGUAG